AUUUAGUUAAGUAAAUUUAACUCAACAACACGUGAGAUCAAAAUUUUCCUAAAAACAUGCAAAAAUACCUAAUUUUUGCUUUUCUGUUGGCAAUUAGUGCCUGUGGAAGUCCUCUAGUCCAAGAAGGCCAAGAGAAUAGUAGCAAUGAAGAAGCCACAGCUGCUGUCGAAGAACCACAAGUUAAUGGAGUCAAAGAUCUAUACGUUAUCAGAAAAGUCGUCUACGAAAUUGGCAUUUUAACUGACGCAGACAACAACACAGAUUACGACAACAAAACUCACGAACAAAUCGAUAUAUCUUUCUUCGACCCCAAAGACAAUGGUUCUUUCAUCGACCUGUCCAAUAUUCCUCUACCACUUGAAACCAACGUCACUGGUACAGCUCUAACAGGAAUUUUACCUUCAAAUUUGGGAAAAUUCGUUUUCAGCAACAAUGGAAGCGUAGCUGAUUUGAAAGAGAGCAACUUACCGGUUUUUCCUGACAAGCAAGUUAAGGUCACCAAAAAUAUUUCUACCAACGACCAAGAGAAGAGUUCGAAUAUUUUGUCUGGUAUCAGUGACGUGUUGGGCCUUACAAAAUUGGUGAAACACAAGGCAAACACGACCAGUGAUAAUUCUGCAACUAAUUAGGGUAAUUUUUGUUAUUGUUUAUUGUAAUAUAUUUGUGUCCCUGUCUGUUUUUUUUAUUGCUAAAAGUACAAAAGCCAAUAGACUUUGAACUGGUAGAAUCUAGGCGAAACCGACACGAUUAUGGCGAAUUAACCUUAGUGAGAUUAUGCCAAUACAUGCUAAUACCAUUAGUCUAUUUGUGUUGUUUUUUUAAUGACAUCAUUACAUGUUAUUAUCUAUUUGAUAGUAGUUAGAGGUUCAAUAUUUGCUCAAGUUUUGUUUAAAAUAAAACAUAGAAAUGUUUGGAUUAUAUUCUUCUA